UCUAAUUUAAAAACAUCCGUUUUAUACCCUACUCUAUAUUCCUCCCACCGCGCACCACCAGUCGUCGCCGCUCUCCGCCGUUCAUUUCGCUCAGGUUCCUCCGCGUAUGGAGCUGUCAAUCCCUCACCGUUCCCUCAUCCAUUCCAAUUUCUCUCACUCGCGUCUUCGUAACUCACCAGUUCAUCCCUCGCAGCGUCUUCUCCUCCCCGUACACCUUCCGCAGCGGAAGGUACACAUCCUCUCCACUCACCUUCCAUCAUCUUCAAUGGAUCCCUCGGUCACUCGCGCGUCCGACGAUAACGGCUCGCUGGCGGUAACUACAGCUCAAGGAGGAAGAAUUGGAGAGGUUAAGAGGGUUACGAAGGAGACGAAUGUGAGUGUGAAGAUUAAUCUGGAUGGUGACGCCGUGGCUGAAAACAACACGGGCAUUCCUUUCCUCGAUCACAUGUUAGAUCAACUUGCUUCACAUGGAUUAUUUGAUGUUCACGUGAAGGCUGUUGGGGAUAUUCAUAUUGAUGAUCAUCACACCAAUGAAGAUGUAGCCCUUGCAAUUGGGACAGCUAUGCUGCAGGCACUUGGUGAUAGGAAAGGAAUCAACCGAUUUGGGGACUUCUCAGCUCCUCUUGAUGAAGCUCUAGUACAUGUUUCACUGGAUCUAUCUGGAAGGCCACAUUUGGGUUAUGAUCUUCACAUACCAACAGAAAGAGUAGGAACUUAUGACACACAGCUGGUGGAGCACUUUUUUCAGUCCUUGGUCAAUACCUCUGGAAUGACACUACACAUACGACAGCUUGCUGGGAAAAAUUCUCACCACAUCAUAGAGGCAACUUUCAAGGCCUUUGCAAGGGCUCUCCGGCAAGCAACAGAAUAUGAUCCGCGUCGUCGUGGAAGUAUUCCAAGCUCGAAAGGUGUUCUUUCACGCACGUGAAUACUUCAUCGAUUGUGCCAAAAGCUUGACGAAUGUCUAGGUACACGCUCGAAACAAUAGUCCUCAUUUUUUCAGAAAGGAAACUGCUUUAAGGUUUUGCUGUGUGUGCAUCCCUAUCUUAUCUUUGCAGCCUUUUUUUCAUGCAUUUUUGUAAUAUAAAGUCAAUGUUUAUUAGCAAAAAGAUUGAACCCUUGUGUUCUGAUUGAUGUUUAUAUGUGGAUUACUGUUUUUGUUUCAAA